UCUUCGUCGCGUUCGGCGGAAAUAAAAAUGAUCCCAUCGCUUAAGCCAGAAGUCUUUCGGGUAGUCAUCGCCUGCCUUGUUAUUAUAAUAUCAACGUUAAUUUACUUAGUAGCUCCAGCUUGGGAAGACCCCUUUCAAAAGUCGGAAAUAAUAUCUUGGGAACUUAUAUGCGUAUUGCAGAUCAUCGGAGGAAUCUUUCUUUUCAUCGGCUCCUUGAUAGAUAAUCAUUGUCUUUUUUUGCCCUGGCUGGGAUCUUCUGUGAUAUUUAUCUAUACGAUCAUCUUUAGGUCUUGUGUCUACUUAUGGGUAGUUCCAAGUAAACCAGAAUCAUUUUUGCCAUAUAUGCACAUCAUUGCAGGCUUGUUUUGGAUUUACUUUGUGCACGACAUCUUUCGAGACUUUCUUCAAAUGUACUACGAAUCUAAAGAACGGAUUUGGAAGGUUGAAGCGAUGAACUCGAGCCUCAAUUUUAGGGCUCGCCACGAACUGUGUGUGUAG